AUGCUGUCCUUCUGGGAUGUGGCCAUCGAGUUCUCUCCCCAAGAGAGGGAAUGUCUGGAGCCUGCUCAGUGGAAUCUAUACAGGGAUGUGAUGUUGGAGAAUUACAGCCACCUUGAGUUCCUGGGUCUUGUCCUCUCUAAGCCACACCUGGUGACAUUUCUGGAGCAAACACAAGGACCUGGGGAUGGGAAGAGACAAGCAGCAGCCACCGUGCACCCAGGAACAACAUCCAAUGUUGAUUAUAACUCACUACAUAGUCACUGCCAGAGACUUCAUACAAGGGAGAAACCUUACAAGUGUGAAGAAUGUGGUAAGGCCCUUGGUUCUUAUAAAACCCUUUCCAUGCACCAGAGACUUCACACUGGAGGAAAACCCUACACGUGUAAAGAAUGUCACAAGGCCUUCAAUACUCACUCAUCACUUUUUAUACACCAGAAAGAUCACACUGAUGAAAAAACCUACAAGUGUGGAGACUGUGGCAGAUCAUUUUACUAUCUUUCAAUGCUGAAACAACAUCAAAGGAUUCAUUCUGGAGAGAAACCCUACAAGUGUAAAGAAUGUGGCAAAUCCUUUUGCUAUCCCUCAUUCCUUAAGCAACAUCAAAGAACUCACUGUGGAGAAAAUCCCUACAAAUGUGCAGAUUGUGGAAGAAGUUUUUCUUGUUCUCUACGACUUCAGGUGCAUCAAAUAAUUCAUUCUGGAGAAAAAACAUACCAGUGUGAAGAAUGUCACAAAGCCUUUCGUUAUCACUCAUCCUAUUGGAGACACAUGAAAGUUCAUAUUGCAGAGAAGUCAUACCAGUGUGAACUGAAUGGAAAAGGAUUUACUAAGCCUGCCUUUCUCUUUGGGAACAAGGCAGCUCAUACUGCAAAGAAACCGUACAAGUGUGAAGAGUGUGGCAAGUAUUUUUGUUCAUCUUCAUCCCUUAGACGACAUCAAACAAUCCAUUCUGAAGACAAUCCCUACAAGUGUGCAGAGUGUGGCAAAAGGUUCUCCUACUUUGCACACCUUCAAGAACAUCAGACAGUUCACACUGGAGAGAAACCAUACAAGUGUGAAGUGUGUGGCAAAUGUUUUUCCUCAUCUUCAUCCCUUAGACGACAUCAAACAAUCCAUUCUGAAGACAGUCCCUAUAAGUGUGUAGAAUGUGGCAAAUGGUUUUCCUGUUCCAGGAGUCUUCGGGAACAUCAUGCAAUUCAUACUGGAGAGAAACCAUACAAGUGUGAAGAGUGUCACAAAACCUUUCGUAAAUACUCAACCUUUUGGAAACACAAGAGAGUUCAUACUGCAGAGAAAUCCUACGAGUGUAAAAAGUGUGGGAGCUGUUUUUUCUCAUCUUCAACCCUCAGACGGCAUCAGGCAGUUCACUCGGAAGACUAUCCCUACAAGUGUGAAGAGUGUGGCAGCUGUUUUUACUCAUCCUUGUUCUUCAGACGCCACCAAAUAAUCCAUUCUGAAGAUAGUCCUUAUAAAUGCGGAGAAUGUGGAAAACGCUUUUCCUGUUCCAGGAGUCUUCGGGGACAUCAAGCACUUCACACUGGAGAGAAACCUUACAAGUGUGAACAGUGUCAUGAAGCCUUUCGUAAUAGCUCAUCCCUUUGGAGACACAAGAAAGUUCAUACCGCAGAGAAAUCAUAGCAUUGUGAAGAGUGUGGCAAAUGUUUUUCUUCCUUUUCAUGCCUUAGAUGACAUCAAACACUCCAUUCUGAAGAUAACCCCUCCAAGUGCGCUGAGUGUGGAAAUGCUUUUCUACUUUGCACACCUUCAAGAACUUCAGACAGUGUCAUGGCCACCCUCGUCCCGCAAGGAAUGACGCGACCACCGGAGCUCUUCUCA